UGGGGGAAGGAGCAAUCUCGAAUUACUCCAAUAUAGUUUUCCUAGGCUACUCUCAGAAAGCUGGCACUGAAAGACUGAAGAUGAAUUCAUUUUUUUUCUUUGCAGAAAUUUGGUGUCAUCUGAGUUAAAAGAAGAGUUUAUGGAUUCUUAAGUUAGAAGCACCAAGAGAAUCUCUACCGUUUAUCUGGAAAGGCCACGAAGAGCAGGCACCCAGUGCAGGGUUGGUUCUACCAUGGAGGAAAGAACUGACAGAGCUCCAUUGUACAAUCGCGACCCAGCCCUUAGUCCUACUGCCGGCCAGGGCUUCAACUUUUAUCACAUGGAUCUCUACGACUCUGAAGACAGGCUGAAAAUCUUUCCGGAAGAAAAAAUUCGAGUGAGAGGAGAAAUAGCAAAAGAAUCAAAGAGAGGUGAGAGGGCCCCAGAGCUCAAUUUGGCCACCCACGAUGUUCAAAAGGAAGUAGAAGAAUUAGCGCAGUACUAUGGGCUUGAAGACGAUAAAGACCUAGAGGGAGAGAUCGAGGUGGGGAGUAUGCUUCGGUCUGGGAUUUCAGAAUACCGGUCAGCUCCUUCUUCUCUCAGACCCCACACCGUACCAAAGAAAAGAGACCCAGGGAGAGAAGAGAAAGAAUGGCAGUAUCUAGGGGAAGAGGCAGAUGAGGAGGACAGAUUCCCCGCAUGGGGCUCUCGGGGUCAAUACCAGGAAUUACGGGAAGCCUACAGGUACGCUCGGGGUCGCUCCAGUGAGGACUAUGAGUGCUAUGUCAUACCAGAAGAAGAGGACGAGGAAGAAGCCGCUGAUAUUUUCUGUGUCACCUGCAAAAUUCCAAUCAGAGCUUUUGACAAUCUUUUUGGAGAGCACAAGGGACAUGAGGUGACCCAGCUUAACACCGCAGCAGAAAAUGCCCGGGAAGAAAUUCAUAAAAACAUGUUCAAAUUGGAAGAACAGAUUAUUCAAAUGGAAAACUUCGCAAGUCAUUUGGAGGAAGUUUUCAUUACUAUAGAGGAGAAUUUUGGAAGACAGGAGCAGAACUUUGAGUUGCAUUAUAAUGAGAUCUUGGAAACUCUUGCUCAGAAAUAUGAAGAAAAAAUGCACGCUUUAGGGGAAAAGAAAAGAGAGAAACUAGAAGCAUUAUAUGGACAGCUGGUCAGUUGUGGUGAAAACCUUGACACUUGUAAGGAACUAAUGGAAACAAUUGAGGAGAUCUGCCACGAGGAGAAGGUUGAAUUCAUAAAGGACGCAGUAACUAUGGCUGACAGACUCGGAGAGUUCCUGAAAACCAAAACAGAUGUAGAGCUUUCCACACAUCCAGAUUUUGAAGACCAAACCAUCGAUUUCUCUGACAUUGAGCAGCUGAUGGAUUCUAUUAAUGCCAUUCCAGCUCCUUGUGCUCCAGUGAUCAAUACGCAAACACCUAAUUCAGCAACGGGGACGUCAGUCAAGGUGUGCUGGAGUCUGUUCUCUGAUGACACUGUAGAGAGCUACCAGCUGUCUUAUAAACCUGUCAGUGAUGGUGCACAAAGUGAGGAGGAAAAAGAGUUUUCAGUGAAUGUCAAAGAAUCACACUAUUCUGUGGCCAACCUUGUGCCUAAUACCCAAUAUGAAUUUUGGGUCACAGCUUCGAAUAGCACUGGCGUCAGCCCACCAAGUGAACGAGCAGUGUACGUGACAGCUCCUUCACCUCCCAUUAUCAAGAGCAAAGACAUCCUAAGUUGUGAGCAUGCUGCCUUGGUGCGCUGGGAAUCUGGAAACAUGAAUCCUGUGGACUCCUACACCAUUGAACUGUCUAAAGUAGACAGUGAAGAACCCGCGAAUGUCGUCACAGAGUCUAUAGUAGGAAUUCCUACCUGUGAAUCUCUAAUUCAGCUGCAACCUGGAGAAAGCUACCUAGCCUACAUAAGAGCCAUCAACGUGGGGGGCCCUAGUGAAAGAAGUGAGCCUGCUACUAUCCACACUACAGGUACCUACUUCCACCUUAAUAAGGAUACCAGCCAUCCUUUGCUGUCCAUUUCAGAAGAUGGGUUUACAAUUGUGCGUGGUAAAGGAGGAAACUCAGCAAGUGAGCCCCGUGAUGGUGACACCAGGUUUACCAGAUGUGUUGCUGUUAUGGGAAGCCUGAUACCUAUUAAAGGACAGCACUACUGGGAGGUGGAGGUCAAUGAACAGAUGGACUACAAAGUUGGUGUUGCAUUUGAAGAUAUCGACAGACAAGGGGACCUUGGGGCAGACAGCUCAUCCUGGUGCAUGAGUCACACUUUUAUAUCAUCAAGGCAUAAAUAUGAAUUUCUGCACAACGGGGUUACUCCAGAGAUCCAGAUUACAGUUCCUCCAAAGAAGAUUGGAAUCCUACUUGACUAUGACAGCCAUAGAUUAUCUUUUUUUAAUGUGGAUAUUGCACAGCAUCUUUAUACAUUUAGCUAUCCACUUCAACAUUUUGUGCAACCCUGUUUUUCUUUAGAAAAGCCUGGAUUGUUAAGAGUUUGUAAUGGAAUUUCAAUGCCAAAGUUUGCCACAGUCUUCUAGACUAGAUUGAUGUCUAAUGGUAGGCUCAAUUCUAGGGGAAAAAAAUGUGAAGUUGGUAAAACUGGUCCUUGAUGCUCCCUUCCCCGAAUUUCCCACCUUUCCUCCCCCCACCCUCAAAACUCUUAAUUGUACAUGUACUCAUGCUGGUCAGUUCUCUAGUUAGAUGGAAAACUGAUACUGUUUGAAUACAGGCUGAAGCAUGCUAUUUUUCACUUGCUUUCAUUAUUUUUCUUUUAUUUGAGUCUUCUUGUACAAAAUGACUAAUAUGGAAAUGUUUUACAUGAUUGCAUAUGUAUAACCUGUAUCUGAUUGCUUACUGUCUCAGGGAGGGGAGAAGGGAAGGAAGGAGGGAUAGAAUCUGGAACUCGAAAACUUUUUUAAAAAUGUCAAAAAACUGUUUUAACAUGUAAUUGGGGAAAAAUAAUAUAUAUAUGAAAAAAAGAAACAUACUCUAUACCUAAAAUUAGAAGGCUGUAAAUUAUACAAAGUAUCCAGGCCUCCAUGUCAUUUCUGGGCCAUUUCCAAACAAUGCUAGCACUCAUACAUCCUCCCUUCUCCUUUCUGUUGCCUUCCCCUAUUAGAAUGUAAAUAUCUUGAGGAGUCUGUCUUGCUGACUUGUAUCUGAAUCCCUAGCGUCUAACACACCACCAAAAACACAAGGCUUAAUAAAUGCCUUCUCAUUUUAUUUGGAGAGAGAAUCACUGUGGACAAAGAUAGUUAGGAAGAGCUUCACAAUGGAAGCAGGAUUUGAACUGGACACAGAAGUAUCAAGUUACAUGGUUAUGCCAUAAACAUUCAAGGGAUAGUGAUUGUGUCCCUAUAUUCUGAAAAAAAAAUAGAAGGGAAACUAAGACUUAUGGGUGGGAGGCAGAGAAUCAAGAGGGGAAACUUUUUAGGGAUCUGGGCUCUGGGGAAGUCUGAAGAGCUUAAUCUGGGGUGCACUGCCUGAGCUACGAACACAAACUUCAGAGCCAGACAGAAGCCGUUAUACUAUACAUCAUAAAUGAAUUUAUAAAAGUGGGCUUACACAUAACAUGUGUAUGAAUACAUAAAAUACCCAAGAGUGGAUCAUCUGAUAUUCCUUCCAUAUAGCGAGGCUGCUUCUUCUCCUAGCCAAAGCAUACUGUUUGUGUAUGGGAUACCCUUGUAUCUGACUGCUUUCCCUUGGCUCCUGGUGCAAUGACUCUGCUUGAGGACUUUUAUCACAGAGAACCACUGCCAUAGCUUCUAAUCUACUUUACCUUUAACCUACCCUUCAUACUAUGAGAUUGAUCUGAAUAAGACUGUUCAUCACAUUGCUUCCCUGCUUAAAAGGCAUCUCUGCCUGCCUAGAGAAUAGGUCUGAUUUCGUACUUCAAUUUAGUUUUCAUAUUCUUGGUGUUGUAUUACCUUUAUAAACAUGUAUUACACAAUCCCACUUCCAAGCCUUAGUUCACACCAACAGCUCACAUUUUCAAAGCACAUAGCCUUCAACUCUGUGAGAUAAGCAUUGCAAAAUUAUCUCAGUUUCUUACAGAAGAGGAAACUGAGACCAAGAGAGGUUAAGCAACUUCCUCAAGGUCACACAGCUCAGGAAUUCUCAAGCUGGGACCUGAACCCAGGCCUGAUUCCAGGUUCUAACCUUUUCUCACUAUAACACAGUACCUUCAAAUACCAACCCCACUCAAAACAUCAUUUCCACUCCCUGCUGGACAUCCCCAAGGUGCGCAAAGCCUUCCCUGACCAGCCCAGCCCUCGAUCUCUCCUCUGAACUCAACAUUUCUAAGCAGAUUACAUUGUUAGUUAUUUUUGAGUUGUUUUCCUCCACAUGGAAUGAGUCAGGUGAAUUGGCCCAUGAUAACCUUCUCUAGAGUAGCUGCUCAAUAUUUGCUGAAGGAUAGAAGCCUAGUGAGGGCAAUUAGGUGGCUUCGUUGAUAGAGUGCUGGGCCGGAGUCAGAAAGACUGAGUUCAAAUCUGGCCUCAGACCCAGGGUAAGUCACUUAACCCUGUUUGUCUCAGUUUUUUCAUCUGUAAAAUGAGAUGGAGGAAAACACGGCAAAUCACUUCAGUAUGUCUGCCAAGGAAGCCCCCAAUGGGGUCACAGUCAGAUACGCCUGAAAAUGACUGAACAUGACUGAACAAAGAAAUAAUGUAUUGCUCAAAGGGAACACCUGCAGUCACAUUUGACAGGGACAUUUUGCAGCUGGUAUUGUCUCAUGUGAGGGUGGAGUGUAGCUCUUUUCAAGUCAGUAAUGGAGAAGCAGCAGUUAAAGAGAUGGGAAUUUCUGGCACAAGGAAGAAUGAGGGCAAUUGAAAAGCAACAGAUACUUAAUAACAGAGCAUAUAAAUUGGUUAAACAAUUGUUCAUUUAUGAAAGGUUGAAAUGCUGCCUCUGCAUAGGGGGAGGGACUGCUUUGGAAAUCACAAAUCUACUUACUAUUCUCAUCACUACUCCGGUGCUCAACUGUCAGUAAACUUUACCCUAACCAGCUUCAUUUCUGCUUAUCACGUUUCAGUUUUCAAUGGUAAAUUUAAAAACUUGGCAGUCAACCUUUAAGCUCUGCAUGUAUAUUAGUUAUAAAACUGUUUUAUGAAUUAAAAUAUAAAACUGUCCUCAUUAAUGAAACUAGAAACAGUAGGCAACUUAAUGCCAUGCAUCUCAACUUGUCUAUGCUCUAAUCUCAUAACCAAAUCCUUAACACACUCAGAAUAUGCCUCACUUAAAAUUUCCCAUCAUUUUUUUGGCACCCAUUAACUAUGACAAAAAGAAUAAAAGUUUUAUGUUUUGAAAAGCCCCAUCUAUUGGAGAACCAUAGCUUCUAAUCUCAUAUUAUUCAUGAAUUAACAACUUAUCCAAUCAAUGUGGUAGGUUUAUUUCUAGAACAAAAAAUGUUAAGGACACAUAGUGAAGUAUAGUAUUCGUUGACACUGCUCAAAAUUCUAUGACUUCGUAAAAUAGAAAAACCCAAGUGCUAAGAUUUUUUAAUAAAAUUUUAUUUGUCUUAAA